GAACGUCCCCCCGGUCCUCAUUGUGCAGCCGAGGAAGCGUCGGAAGGUUCCGCCGACGUCGGUAUGAAAUGGCAGAAACUGCCCGUGUCACGGAAGCUCAACGAUUAGACUACGCUAAAAACACACAUGGAUUUCGCGGAGACCCCGGCCUGUUAGUUUAAGGGCCACAGGAGUGUGCCCGAAGAAGGAAUUCAGAGUUGUUGGCUUCUCCGACGGCCAGCGGACGGCGUCUGCGGGCGGAAAGUGUUGUAAUUAUCCGGACAGGGGCGCAUGCAUUGGAGCUAACCUCCUACUUCCCCUUUUCCCAGCUCAUUGCGCCUUUGCCUUGACCUCUGGCCUUCACAUGUAGUGCAUGCACAACACUCUCAAUGUUGUAUGAUCUGAUUCUGAAGGUGUUGAGCCUAAACCCCCCACUUGGAUGCGCAUUCCCACAUUGUCCAAGGUUAAACCAUGAACCGGAAUAAGCGUGAAAAAGAGUACUACAGUAUAGAUGUGGGAGACUCAACUUUUAUGGUUUUAAAGCGUUACCAGAACCUCAGACCCAUCGGAUCUGGAGCACAGGGAAUUGUCUGUUCAGCUUACGACCACAACUUGGAAAGGAACGUCGCCAUCAAGAAGCUGAGCCGACCCUUUCAGAAUCAAACUCAUGCAAAACGAGCCUACAGAGAACUAGUGCUGAUGAAAUGUGUCAACCACAAGAAUAUAAUCGGCCUAUUACAUGUAUUCACACCUCAGAAGACACUGGAGGAGUUCCAAGAUGUAUAUCUAGUGAUGGAGUUGAUGGAUGCCAACCUCUGCCAAGUGAUUCAGAUGGAACUGGACCACGAGAGGCUGUCCUACUUACUUUACCAGAUGCUGUGUGGAAUCAAACACUUGCAUGCAGCUGGAAUCAUACAUAGGGAUCUAAAGCCAAGUAACAUAGUGGUCAAAUCUGACUGCACACUAAAGAUCCUGGACUUUGGCCUAGCCAGGACAGCUGCCACCGGCCUCCUGAUGACGCCCUACGUGGUCACCCGCUACUAUCGUGCCCCUGAAGUCAUCCUGGGCAUGGGCUACCAGGCUAACGUCGAUGUCUGGUCUGUUGGCUGCAUCAUGGCUGAAAUGGUCCGAGGUAGUGUGUUGUUUCCAGGCACUGAUCAUAUUGAUCAAUGGAAUAAGGUCAUUGAACAGUUGGGGACGCCGUCUCAGGAAUUCUUGAUGAAACUCAACCAGUCGGUGAGGACCUACGUGGAGAAUCGACCACGCUACGCAGGCUACAGCUUUGAGAAGCUCUUCCCGGAUGUUCUGUUUCCCGCAGAUUCCGAACACAACAAACUGAAAGCAAGUCAAGCCAGAGACCUGCUGUCAAAGAUGCUGGUUAUAGACGCAUCCAAGCGGAUUUCGGUAGACGAAGCUCUCCAGCAUCCUUACAUCAACGUUUGGUAUGAUCCUACUGAAGUGGAGGCGGUAAGGAUGGAAGGAGUCUCUCUGCAUCAUUCAGAUGAAAAAAUCGGGUUUUCAAUAUUAAUUUCACAUAUUUUUGUCUCUUCACAGCCGCCACCUGCUAUUACAGACAAGCAACUGGAUGAGCGAGAGCACACGGUGGACGAGUGGAAAGAGUUGAUCUACAAAGAAGUGUUGGACUGGGAGGAAAGGACAAAGAAUGGUGUCGUUAAAGGACAGCCAGCAUCCAUUGGUGCAGCAGUGAUCAGCGACGCCCUGCAGCAGCACCACCAGCACCCCACCCCCGCACGCUCCUCUCCCCGUGUCGCCUCCACGGACCCGGAAACGGGCGAUGGGUCGCCGGGCCCCCGCAGAUAAUACCCACGCCGGCCCCGCCCCUUCCCGGACCUCACCUCCAUUCUGUAAAAUACUUUUUGAAGCCACUUCAACGAUUUGGUCUGAAAAGGUAAGAAGGCGAGUUUUAAAAUGCUGUCCUGUAAACGUCAUGUGACUUUCUACCUAUGUUGAAUCCUUUCAUUGACAUGUUUAUGAGGACCAGACGGACCUAAACAGGUGCAAGUGAUGCAUGUGUCGCUAGUGAGCGUUAAAAAGCUUUUAAGGAUGUAAAGUGAGUUUUGGUUGUGGAUGAGAAAGUGAUUGAAGAACAUCAUCCUGGUAUUAGUAACUUAACACUGUGGCUUCAUGGCGCCCCCAAAAAACGGAACCACAGCCUUUUGGUUUUGAAGCCUGCAGUUGAAAAGAAGCCGCAUGUCAACUAAACAGCAGCACAAAAAUAAGAUUAAAAAGAAAAUAAUAUGCAAUAAUGUCCUUUUGAGUUUUUGUAAUCUAAGAGAAGAAGUGCCUGUUGUGCUGCAACACGUCUUUCAUGUUGCUUUUAAUGGACAGAUUUAAACAACCAACAACUGUGGCAUGGAGAACACUAGCUUUUUUUUUUUUUAAACUCAAGUUUGACCCUUAAGGGACACCAUCAGUGUCAGACAAGGCAAGUUCAUCCAGGUCUUUCAUCAAAGUGACCCUCAAAUAACUCACUAAAUCUACAUUUUUCUGCUGAAUACGACACUUGAUGAUCACAAAUGAAUGACGGAGAAAGCUGACAUGUUUGUGUAGUCGGAUAAAAAUCAAGUCAAGUUAAACAACACUGCAACAUAAAGUUUAUGGCAGUUUUUUGUGUUGGUCAUGAAGCUUUUUGUUUGUCUGCCUGCUGGGGUAAUUAAUUAUGUACUUAAAUAAAAAAAUGUGUAUUCUUUUCAGUUUGCAGCAAACAUGCUUUUAGUGUAAUUGUCUGUUCCGUCUUUGUAGAUUUAUUAUGUAAUUUAUGUCCAACAUCGUCAACAUGGCAACAACUACUGUAUUAAUAUUAUUAUUAUUAUUAUUAUUGAUCUUUUAAGAACAACAAUCUCACUUAGUUUGGGUUGCACCAGCCAACUUGUUAAUAUCGCUUUGUUGCUUUCACUGUGAUGAGUCAUGUGAUCACUGGUAGCCAAUGGCAACCCCUUGUGUCAAAACAGAAGUCAUUUCUUAAAAUUGCAUCAGUCCAGAAAGAUUAGGAGAAAGAAACUGGUAUAAAAUUGGAGUUAAGCUAUAGUUAACAAAACAUAUUUUGCAACCAAAUACAUCCAAUUUAAGUUUCAAGUUUAAUUUAUCACACAUUUAAACAUUUGACAGAUAAAGAGAAUACAUUGUUUUUAAUGUACACACCGUAUUUUCCCGACUAUACGCUUCACCCACCAAAUUUUAGAAGAAAAAACUAUGUUUCCAUAUAUUAGCCACAUAUAUAUACCAGUACGCUGUGAAAUAAGCUAUUUACAUAGAAAAAUGUUGUACACGUAACACAGCAGUAAAACGGCUCAUCAAACAAAACAGAAAAGUCAUUGAUGUCUUUAUUUAUACUUUGAGAUGAAUAAGAUAUUAUCAAUUUUUAAUAAGGUUCAAUAUGUUUGAAGAUUCUUCUUCCUUGUACUUUGUAAAACCUUUCAGUUUAAACAGUUUCUUAAAGUGGAUCAUUUUAGUACAUUUGUUUGAUUUCUUCACUUAAUCAAUUCCAUAAUUUAGCAGAAAUCCAUAAAUUAACCGCACCUUUGUAUAAGCCGCAUUGUUCAAAAGUUGGGGGGAAAAGUAGCGGCCUUCUUGUCCAAAAAAUAUGGCAGGUUUCUUUUUUUCAAUAAAGAAUAAUCAUGAGAGGUUUCUACUGUUCUUUUUUAUUUUAUCUAGAUUUAUAUACAGAUCUACAUAAAGAGCAACCAAUGCAAAGUCAAAAGCAACAUUUAAAACAGAAUUAAAAUACAAUAAAAAAAUGUUCCCCAUCAUAAUUAAAACUUAAACAUUUUUGAGGAUGAAAAAGGGCACAACAUGUAAAAAAACAACAAACCUCAAAUUAACAAUUAACUAUUGGCAAAACAAAAAGAAAAAAUAUAGUUUAGUGACUUGUCUGUUUUUGGAAAGAAAAACUAAACAGCCAUUUAGAGGCCACUAAAUUGUGUUUUUCUAUUUUGAUUAAAAAAAAAAAACAUUAAGUAGAGAUUAACAUGAAUAUACAUAUGAAUAUAUAAAUAUGAAUUGAUAUGAAAAUGUUAAAUGUUUUUAGAUGACAAUAUUUUGAUUUAAAAUAUUUAUUUUCCGGUGAAAAUAGAAAAUAGCCAAUGGAAAGCAUGAAUUUCCACAGGUGAAAGAAUGUAAACAAUGGAAAGGUUAUGUCAUGUAUUAGCAGGUCGUCACUUUUAUAAUCAUAGUAGUUUAAUUUAUUGUACGUUUCAGUAGGUUUGUGAGGUGCAACCCAACAUAAGGUAGAAUUGUGCACAUUUACACAUAAUCAUAAUCAAUAUGCUGUAUUAGCAAAGUUUACUCAGUUGUUUGGAUUUUCCAUGUGAAGCAAGGCAUCAAUCACGUUUAUAUUAACUCAAAACAAUCAAAAUUUUGUUUUUAAGUGCUCUUAAUUUUCAAACGUUUGCAGCUUUUAAAAGGAAACAUCAUUGCUUUGUUAUCACGGACGAAUGAUGUCAUCGUUAAUUAAAUCAGUCCGCUUUGAUGAACUACCUCACGUGAAUUUCUGCCACACGAUGAUGUCACCACGAGACAUGUGAAUAUCAGAUUGCAUUAUUUAUUUAUUUGACAAAAAGAGAAGAAAGGUGUUUCAGAUUUGUACAUAAUGUAAAGUUGACCUGGAAGUGAGAGGAGAAGAAGCCUUCUGUUUUUUGUUGUUUUCCAACUUGAAAUGUGCAAUACCUUCAGCAAAAUGUGCUCUCUUAGCGCCUCCUGGAGGUAAACAAAGUGUUGGUACUUACUGUCAAUCCCUUUUCCUCUUUCAUUCAUCAAUCAAUAAGAUCACGUUUUGUUCUUUGUCCUGAUAUUUCUGUGUAAUGUGUCAACUUGGCUGACAGAUUUCUAGGCUGUGGUAAGACCAAUAAUGUUAAUAAUAAUAAUAGUCCAUACGAGUCAUAUCAUAUUGUAUGGUGCUGGUUUGUGCACUACUAGAAAACAUGAAGCCUCCUUACAGUAAAAUACAUGAGAACAAAAUCAAACUGUGUACUACAAAUAAAAGAAUACACUUUGAAUUAUAGUUUAUGCUUUU